AUGAGGAUGUCUGAUAUUCUUACUGUAAAAGAUGAAACUGAUGAGAUGAAAGGUUCAGAAGCUGAACUGAAAGAUACAGACCCAGUUGAAAACCUUAUAGAAUCAGGAAGUCAGGAGCAGAUUCAAGUGGAAAAGGAUGAAAGUUGUCCUGAUAGCAAAAACAAUAUGCCGCGGCCAGUGCAGUCUUUUGGACAGACAGCAAAAAGGUCGAAGUCAAACACAAAGUUAAAGUUAGUUCGGAGCCUUGCUGUAUGUGAAGAAUAUCCACCACCUCCCACAGCUGAAAUAUCACAGGACCUCCAGGAGAAAAUUCAGAUCCAGUUGUCACAGUCUUUUGAAAAAGAAGAAAAGCCUGCAAAAGAUGAAGUGGAAAAGGAAAAAUCCAGUGAUAAACUGUCCAGAAAAAUGUUAUCAAGAGAUUCCAGUCAAGAAUACACAGAUUCCACUGGUAUAGAUCUUCAUGAAUUUUUAGUAAAUACUUUAAAAAACAAUCCCAGGGACAGAAUGAUGCUGCUGAAAUUAGAACAGGAAAUUUUAGAUUUCAUUGGUAAUAAUGAAGUUCCAAGAAAAAAGUUUCCCCCAAUGACAUCUUACCAUAGAAUGCUGUUGCACAGGGUAGCUGCUUACUUUGGAUUAGAGCACAACGUGGACCAGAGUGGGAAGGCAGUCAUAGUGAAUAAAACUAGCAAUACAAGAAUACCUGACCAAAAGUUUUGUGAGCAUAUAAAGGAUGAGAAGAGUGAUGAUUUCCAGAAGCGGUAUAUCCUUAAAAGAGAUAACUCUAGUUUAGACAAAGAUGACAACCAGAUGAGAAUACGAUUAAAAGAUGACAGAAGAAGUAAAUCCAUAGAAGAACGUGAAGAAGAAUAUCAGAGAGCUAGAGAAAGAAUAUUUGCACAAGAUUCCCUGUGUUCCCAAGAGAAUUAUUUCACUGAUAAAAGAAUCCAGGAGGAAGAAACUAAUAGUACACAACAAAGACGACAGAUACUUAGAAUCAAUAAGGACGCAUCAGGGAGAUCAGCCAACAGCCACCAAAGCAGCACUGAGAAUGAGCUGAAGUAUUGUGAACCCCGUCCCUGGAGCAGCACCGACUCCGAUAGCUCCAUCCGCAAUCUGAAGCCAGCUGUAACGAAAGCCAGCAGCUUCAGUGGGAUAUCCGUUCUGACAAGAGGAGAUAGCUCUGGAAGCUGCAAAAGCACAGGCAGGCUGUCUAAGACAGGUUCAGAGUCUUCUAGUAGUGUAGGGUCAUCCACGGGUUCUCUUUCUCACACCCAGCAGCCUCUUCCAGUGCCAGCUCUAAGCCAGCCUUCUCAUGGCACGCCUGCCGUCUAUCCAACUGUCAGCACUAGUAACUCUCUUUCCUUUGAUGGUGGCAUAAGCGGGCAAGUGGCACCUACUAGCGCUAGCUUCUUUUUGCUUCCCUUGGAAGCGGCGGGCAUACCGCCUGGCAGUAUUCUGAUCAACCCUCAAACAGGUCAGCCAUUCCUUAAUCCAGAUGGCACUCCAGUUGUGUACAACCCUCCUAUGCCUCAGCAACCUGUUAGGACCCAAGUGCCUGGACCUCCGCAACAGCCACCUCUGCCCGCACCCCCUCAGCAGCAGCCAGCGACGAAUCACGUCCUCUCACAGCAAGACAACCUAGGAUCCCAGUUCAGCCAGCUGAGUCUUGCCCGCCCGCCGCCUGCGGAUGCAGCUGAGCCUCAUACCGCCAUGUUCCAAGCCGGCCACCCGGUCAGCCAGCAAGUCCUCCAGCAGCAGGGAUAUAUGCAGCAGCCUGUGCCACAGAUGCCGGCUUGUUAUUGUACCCCCAGUCAGUACCCGCACUCCAGUCAGCAAUACCGCCCUGUUUCUGUCCAUUACAGCACGCAGCAAACCCAGCCCUUGGCGCAGCCUGGACAGCAGACAGGUUACCAGGUUUUGCCUAACCAACAGCAAAACUACCAGGGUUUAGUCGGAGUUCAGCAGUCCCAGAAUCAAAAUCUAGUCAGUGGCCAGCACAACAAUGUUGGGAAUCAAAUUCAAGGUGUGAUUGUUCCAUACCCUUCAGUGCCAUCUUAUCAGGUUUCGGUGCCUCAAGGUUCCCAAGCAGUGCCCCAGCAGACCUAUCAACAGCCUGUUAUAAUUCCCAGCCAGUCAAAUCAAGGCUUGCCCACAACACGAAUGCCGGUUUACUACAGUGUCAUUCCAUCAGGUCAACAGAACAAUUUAAGUUCAUCAGUAGGAUAUUUGCAGCCUCCUGGAUCAGAGCAAAUACAGUUUCCUAGAACAUCAUCACCAUGCAGCUCGCAGCAGCUUCAAGGACAGCAGUGUGCAGCACCACCACCAGGUGGGGGAGUAGUAAUGAUGCAGCUGAAUAUACCUAACAACGCUCAGCCUCGGAACCAUUCCCCUCCACAGUGGAAACAGAAUAAGUAUUACUGUGAUCAUCAGAGGGGACAGAAGUCCACAGAACUUAGCACUUUAGACAGUGCUGCACAGCAUAGUCCUCAACUAGGUAGUCCUGUCACCUCACCGGCCCAAUCACCAGCACCAGCUCAGCUACCAAACAUGAAGAACAUCCGUCCCACAUUAACACCGCUUUCUAUUGUGUCCCAGUUUUCUAGACCUUUUGUCCCUGGACAAGGAGAUGCCAGAUACCCAUUGCUUGGCCAACCCCUGCAAUACAAUCCACCAUCUUUAUUACGUGGACAAGUAACAAGCCAACAGUGUCAGCCUGGAAACAGACAUGGAAACAAGGGAAAGAAGCCAGCAAAGAAGGCUGCUUCAGCAGAUCUUGGUGCAGGAGAAUCAGUUGUGGGAAAAGUUCUAGAAAUUACUGAACUGCCAGAAGGCAUAACUCGUGUGGAAGCAGAAAAACUAUUUGGAGAACUUUUAAAAGUUGGUGCCAAGAUCCGGUGGCUAAGGGAUUCGCAGCGUCUACAAACACAGCAGCAGCACCAUCGUCGUUACUGUGGCAAUGGAGAUAGUAGUGUGAACACUGAGCCAUGGAAAAAAAAAAGCAGUACCUCAGUGAACAAGUUCAGGCUGAGAACAAGCAAGAAGCACUACGACUUUCAUGUUCUGGAAAGGGCUAGUUCUCAAUAGCGGUUACAUCAGUGGACACUCAGCCUUUACUACUUCCAUGUCCUCCUCUCCUUGAUUGGCUUGAUGUGAUGGGGUUUCUGUUCUCUUCAUAGAGACUCCUGGGAUGUUUGGUCAUAUGACAUUAGCCACUGAAGAAUAAAUAACCCCGUGAUCCAGCAAGAAAAAAAUAAAAUACAGAGUUAAUCCCAGACAACAGCAAGGAAUCAUCUUUGAGACAGGCAGCUUUCUACAAGGAAUGCUGUUGGAAUGCCCCCUACUUUUAUAGUAGUUUUGUUUUAUAUUUUUGAAUUCUUGUAUCGGAUCCAAAGUUCUAUUGUACAGCAAACGUUCAUAAAAAUCCAUAUUCAGAUUUGUAUUUUAUAAUCCCUUUUCACAGCCAGCACACAGCUGUCCAUUCCAAGGCAGGAACCUGAGGAUUGGUGGAGGGGAAAAGAGAACCAUUUUCAAGCAAUUACACUCAUUUUCUAGUAAACUACCCCAAAUCUUCAAGUUAACCUGUUCUUUGUCCCUUGUAUUUUUGCUUUUCUUUUUUAAGGAAAAAAAAUGUAAUUUUAGUAACUAACUCCUUAGAUGGUCAUUUUCUUUUGAGAUUCAUUCAAGCAAUGUCAAAAGAAAUUACAAGUAGCUUGUACCCUUGAAGGAUUUGCUUCUGAUCCAACAACUUUAAUAAUUAUUUGAGGGGGAAUAUGAAUAGGUUAUGAAGAAUGUUCACUGAAUCACAUUUUAAUAUUUCUUUUUAGCAAAAGCGUGAAGAAACUAAAAUGUAUCUUCACAAGUGACAAAAUGUUUGCACUUUAAUUGUGUUCCCACCAGUAUGGAUCUCUUUCUCUUCCUUUUCACGCUAAGAUAAUUGUGUUUGAUAAGUGCUGGAAACCUUUUUAAUGGUUUAAUUUUUCAUCAUUUGCAGAUGCUCACUGGACAUUAAAGAUUCAUUGCACAUAAAAGAAACAAACUUUUUUCAAUUUGUGUAAUUUGCAAGGCUGUACAAUGUGUGCUGAUGCAAGCCUUUUUCAGUUCAAGAAAAUAAAUGUUUACAAACACAAA